GUUAAAGUGGGCUCAUAUUUGGUUACACAGUGCACACGCACGAAUCGAACACAUUUAGGCUGGUGGAAUUGGGUUGAAGGAACAUAUACAAUCAUGCUGAGCGCAACUUCAGCAUUGCGCAGUGCAUGCGCACUUGCAGCCCGAUCGAGGUUUCACGUAGCAGCCGGUGCUGCUACAAGCACAAGAGCGGCAACCCUGUUUAGACAAUGGAGGGGGUACCGUUCAACGUCUGUGCUAUUAGAUUAUCCCACACACACCAAGAUCACAAUGCCCGCGCUAUCGCCCACGAUGGAACAAGGGAACCUAGCCAGCUGGAGUGUGGAGGUCGGCGGAGAGAUCGCCGCAGGUGAUGUUCUUGCAGAAAUUGAAACAGACAAAGCAACUAUGGAAUUCGAAUGCAACGAAGACGGUUAUCUUGCGAAAACCUUCAUUAAUGCUGGGGAAAAGGACGUUCCCGUAGGAAAGUUGAUUGCCAUCCUUGUACCCGAGGAGGGUGAUGUGGCUGCGUUCGCUGACUACGAAGACGAUGGCUCUGGUGCAGAAGCUGCUGGUGGUGCCGCUAAGACUGAGGAGGCCGAACUACCGAAGACCGAGAAGAAGCCCCCACCCCCUGCACCCGCCGCACCCACUGUUCCCGCUAAAGACCCUCAACCACAGUCUGCUACUUCAUCGGGAUCCAAUUCUGGUCUGGGCUCUCCUUUGGCCAAGCACCUGGCACGGCAACUAGGAUUCGAUCUGUCAGAAGUGUCUGGUUCAGGACCCAAUGGACGUGUUGUGGAAUCGGAUGUAUACUCCUUCACCAAGCAAAAGAUGGUAUCUGGCGGCAGUGGAAGCACCAGUGGCAGUAGCAGUGGAAGCAGUUCAACAUCUCCUCUCGACGGGCCAUCCAUGAAUGACGAACAGGUAAGUGGCAUGCGAAAGAUCAUUGCCGGCCGCCUGUUGGAGAGCAAGACCACCAUCCCCCACUACUAUCUCACCUCCGAAAUCAACCUCGGCGAAGUCACCAAGCUGCGUACUGCCAUCAAUGCCGGGGCCAAGGGAGAGUUCAAGAUCUCUGUCAACGACUUUGUAGUCAAAGCAAGUGCUCUGGCGUGUCUGCAAGUGCCUGAGGUGAACUCGAGCUGGCAGGGAGACUAUAUCAGACAAUACAACACCGUGGAUGUCAGCGUUGCGGUGGCGACUGGGUCUGGUCUGAUCACACCUAUUGUCAAGAACUGCCACGCCAAGGGAUUGAAGAGCAUCAGCGGACAGGUCAAGGAGCUUGCCGGUCGUGCGCGCGAGGGCAAACUACAACCCCAUGAGUAUCAGGGGGGUACAUUCACCGUGUCUAAUCUGGGCAUGUACGACAGUGUACGGGACUUCUGUGCCAUUAUCAACCCCCCUCAGGCUUGUAUCCUGGCCGUGGGUGGCUCGAGUCAGAAGGUGAUUGCCACUAAGGAGGGUCUACCCGAGGUAGGCACCAUGAUGAACGUCACACUGUCGUGCGAUCACCGUGUGGUGGAUGGCGCUGUGGGUGCGCAAUGGCUUAAGGCGUUUAAGGAGAUGAUGGAGGACCCAACCAAAAUGCUGUUGUAACUAACUUAACUUACUUGUUACUUGUGCGGCGGAUGUAACGCUUGACGCCUGGGCGUGUGGGGCAGGGUAGAGGAGAGGAGGGAAUUAUAACUAAACACGGGGAGAUACCACCUAUGUGAAUAAUAAUAAAUGGGA